GUUAUAGUGUAAUGCGAGAUUGAGAUUGCUACGCGAAGUGGUAGGUUGGGUAACUGGUUGGUGGUAAAACCGGUGAAUAUAACCCGGGAAUAUGGAUUUUUCGUCGCCUUUUGAUGUUAUGGGGUUACCUAGAAGCGACCUGGAAAACUACGAGGACUUUCCAGGUCAUACUGAAUUUACUGAACGACUUCGAAAAACAUUGUACUACGGAUCCGACCCCGAUACUGACCAACCAUCACUACCUGUAACCGAUAUUGCUAUUGACCUGUUCCAGGAUGCUUCUCCAUCUCCGCAUAAAAAAAUUGACAAAAACUUUGCUUCUCGAAUCUCCAGGAAAUCUUCAAUGUCCCCGUGUGCAUUCAUGCUGUCUAUGGUGUAUAUUGAACGAAUGAAACGAACCAACCCAGAGUACCUUGUUAAGAUUUCAUCUGCCGACCUGUUUCUUGUUUCUAUGAUGAUUGCUUCUAAGUAUUUAUAUGAUGAAGGUGAAGAAGAGGAGAUGUAUAAUGAUGAAUGGGCUGAAGCUGCUGGAAUCGAUGUGGACACUGUGAACGAAAUGGAAAUUGACUUCUUGGCUGCCAUUGACUGGAAUUUAUAUAUUAAACCAGUUGAAUUCUUUCAAUUUCUCCACAAGAUAGAAACAAGGAUCGCGAUUCAAGAAGGAAAUAAACGAGGCUGGUUUUCGUAUACUGAUUUGUUAGUGCUUCUUGAAGGACAGAACUUUCAUAAUAUUUUCAUGAAUGCUAUUAACCAAACUGUACAGGUUGCCAGUAUAUGUGCCUUGAUGUACGGUAUGUGUGCGGCAGCAAUGAUCGGAUCAUCCGCGUUAGCCUUACAGUCAACCAUGAGUACUGCGCCAUUAACUGAAAUUCCGAUACCAGUCCUGGAACCGACCUAUCUGAUGCCGAUUUACCAUUCUGGAACAGGAGUUGCCAGAUUUGUGAGCAGAGGCUGCUUCACCCCAGGAAAUCAGAUCAAAUUUCUGAUUGGCGGCCAUUUUGUUUUAAUGAAUGUGGUUCAAGAGCAUUAUCUCCGACAUGCUUUGACUGAUAGACAUAUUGCUCAUUCAUAA